GCCAGCGGAUAGUGCAUUAACGGGGUAUGCUAGGAAUCCGUGUUUUUCGUAUUAAAUAACCUAUUUACAUGGAGUAAAAGUUAGCAGCAGCUGUAGGUGACUAGCUGGGCUAUUUAUGGAUAUACAUUUACGGUAGUACCUAUCCGAUUGGCUGAACCAUGGCAGAUAUAACCAUGAAACUCAUCUGGUACCGACUCGGGGAGGCGAGUGAAAAUAUGGCGGAGCGCUAUGGGCGAUUCUUAGUUUGGUACAAAAACUUCAACUACAGGAAUUUAGACAUCGUAGACAUGUUUUUCGUUUCUUGGAUUAUCUUUGGUGUUGUGGUCGCGGGGCUGGUGCAUUUUUACUUCAAGUUUUUCGGUAGGAAGGCCGCACAGGCGCCCAAAACCGCGCACCCCACACCCCGAAGACGGCAUUUUGAUGCAGCAAGCGUGGAGAGUUGCCAAUGGUUAAAUGCCGUCAUCAACUGGGUCUACCUAAACUACAACAGUACACCGGAAUUCGUCAAUAGCUGGCUGCAUGCCCUUAAUGAACAGACCAGAAAACAACAGGGUGCUGUUCAGGUCCGCUUUGACCGUAUCCUUGCUGGAAGCCUCCCCCCUCGAGUCACGAAUGUUCACACUGAGGCAGGGCCCACGGAUAACUUUACCCUCCAUGGCUCCCUAGACGCAUCCGAACUCGGAUUCCAAAUCCUCGUCUCCAAGCAAACUACCACCGAAGUCCAGCUCACCAACUGUGAUAUCAACGUGCAACUGCUCCGUGGAGAGCUGAAUGUACAAACAGUAUUUGCCAAAGAUGAAGUCCAUUUGUUUGUUAAGUUCGAGGGGACGCCGGAGAUCGCCCUGCUGGUCAAACCACAUCAAAAAGCGGAGGGCGCCAUCGAUGUCCCCCUGAUCGAGGAGAAGGUGAAGAGUGCCCUGGCGGCGUCCGUCUGUCACUUCCGUCUUAACUCAUCACAAGCCGAUGGACCGUUUGGCUCUGCCGGUGUGAACGACAGUUUCGCUCGGGCCCAAAACCAUGUGCCUGACGACCAGUUAAAUCUUCGCACUAACACGCCCGCCAAGGACGAAUCGAGCGGUCUGCCUGUAACCAGCAGCCAUCUUGGAAACUUGCAUUCGGCGCCACCUAUAAAAAUCGUAGAAACGCCAACAAAAUCUGCAGAGCCGCCACGUACCUUGGUCAUCGAUGACACGAUUGGUCAAAACUCGCACGCUUUUCGACCAAUCAGAGACGAGAUCAAAUCCAAGGCGAAAGACCAGUUAAAUGAGGUGACUAGUGCUCUGGAUGUCCAGGCUGACGAGCCUGAGAUUGUUAGCGAGUUAGUCCAAUUGUCAGAGAGUCGACCACCCGAUUUAGAAUUGGUCGAACACCAGCCCCACGAUUACGGGUCGUGGGGUCACCGUAGUGCCAUUCUAAGACCCCAUCCAGUGGAUAGAGGGCGCAUACGACCGCAAACUUACAACAAGGUCAAUUCGGCCGCGCCCCCGAAGCCACCACGUAGUCCGGAGGCCUUGCUCCGCAUGGACAAGCGGCUGUUGGUUAAGGUGAUCAAGGCGAGUGGAUUAGGGGCGAAAGAUUUCGGCUGUAACGAUCCAUUUUGUACUGUUGAAAUGGAUGAACCCCAUCAGAGACAUAACACAAGCGUAGUCAAAAAUACAGUCAACCCGUUCUGGGAUGAGUCGUUCUUAUUUGACUUAAAUGGCAACACUAGAGAAAUAUUAUUUGAAGUAUUCGACAGGGAAAAGGUACCAGGAGAAGACUUUCUUGGCAUGGCCGCAGUCAGUGUAGAGGAACUUCGAAAGACGCCCAGUAGCAGACAUAUCAUCCCUCUCGCUGGCAGGCAGCCUGGGUCAGGCAAGGGUGGAAACUUAACCGUUGAGUUUCUAUUCAUGGACCCCGCCGAGAUCACCGACAUGCAGCCAGACGAACGAGACUUGCUCAUAGCGACCGCCGCCAACUUGUCGCCACGGCGACGCAUAGAAACGAGUAAGACGGUCAUGCCGAGUGGCCUCGUUGUCACAACACAAACCACUACUACAGAACGUCCAAAAGUUAGGAAUUAUGACGCGCAGUAUUACGAUGAAUCGCCGAACCGCGUCGAAAAGAUGGAUAGCCUAGUUGAUUAUAGUCGAGGAAGGAGUUCAAACGAUUCAUCACCACAGAGCACACGACCCCUUGUACAGACUCCAACAGGUAGGCCUAUAGACUUGCCACUUAACGGGACGGAUUCCGUAGUUGAUACGGCUUUACGGGACAUGGAGAAACGGGCCUCGUCGCAGCGCCCUCAAACUCCGACAAAAAGUAUCGGCACGGUUAUUGUAACGAAAGUAAAACGGGCCACCAGCAAGGAACCAGUGCAGAUUCCAGAAAUAAAGGUAAAACAGGCGCCCAGCGAAUCUACGAUUCCAACUUUGAUGACCCAAAGUACUCCGACGGAAGAAUUGAAAGAUGACGGACGUCUGUCGUCAACGUCAAGCGACGUCAGAGAUAAGAAACCAAAACGAUCAAGCUCAAUCGCCAGUACGUUACGGAAACGAUUCAGCCGAAAUAAAAAACCUCGUUCCCACAGCGCCGAUCGCGCCGAUAGGGAAAAGCAUCUACGCGUUCCUGACCAGUAUGGAUCAGGUUCAAAGUCCACAGCCAACACAUAUAGGAGCAAAGGUUCACUCUUGACGCUAGUACACAUCCUGCCAGUUCUCCCCGAUCAAAACAACAGAGUUUCUGAUGACGACUUAAGCCAUUUCGAAGGAAGCGAGGCCCAAUCAUCCGUGUUUGGUGGCAGUCAAAGUAUGCCCACACCCGCUGCAUGUGCUAUAAAUAACCACAGUAACCAUAGUAACCAGGAUCUUGACCAAGUUGACAUCCCCGGCCACAACACGUCCAACCUUCAGAAAUCUAAGUCCAUUGGUUCCAGUUUGAAGAAGCUGUUCCGUAUGAAGAGGCGGCAUAGCCAUGGACCAGCUGAUACCCACGGUGCUGCUUCCAGAGAUUCCUCCGUCACUCGAUCUCGUGACCGCCUCCACCAUGACGACAGCUCGCACAUGCAGCCCUCGCCCUCGCCCGAGAUUCGGCGCCCUCAAUCAGCGUGCUCCUAUUUCAUCAGCAAAUUAGAUUAUACGAAAAUCGAGACUAGCUAUCCGCCAAAAGGUUCAGAGUGGACUACCUGGCUUGCCUCGUUGCAUCCAAGAUGACGUCUCUUAGAGGGCAUCAUCCAGAUGCACUGAUUUAGUAAUAAAAAUGCUCAAGGCCAGGAAUAAAAUAACGAAUGGCUGACAGUGUAGAUAGGACUCUGCAUUUAGCCAUAAAUACAUCGUCAAGAUUCGGAUAGCGAUUGGCUAGUGAUUGUUCGGAGGCUGAGCUGAUAUAAAGUUAUGUGAUUUUGCGGCAAGCGUAGGACUAUUCAGGCCCGGGCCGGAAAAGUUUGCAUGGACUAAGAUCUUGCUUCUGAGUGUAAAAUUUGGUCUGGAAAUGCCAAAUUGGGCCAAGAGUGUGUAAAAUCAGGCCCGGAAAGUGUAAAAUCAGGCCCGGGAAGUGUAAAAUCAGGCCCGUGAAGUGUAAAAUCAGGCCUGGGAAGUGUAAAAUCAGGCCCGGAAAGUGUAAAAUCAGGCCCGGGAAGUGUAAAAUCAGGCCCGGGAAGUGUAAAAUCAAUCCUGGAAAGUGCAGAAGCCCAGAAUGGGUAAAAUCAGGCCCAGAAAGUGCAAAAUCAGGCCUGGAAUGUGUAAAAUGUGUAAAGUGUGUAAAGUGUGUAAAAUUAGGAUUCGACUGGAAGCAGAUGUAACCGGAGGCAAAUCAACCUGGGGUCCAGUUACUGAUUUAACCCUUUUGAAACCGAGGAUUGGAAAAAUACUUUCAUAUGCGUAUCCUGCCCCAAGCUUGAAAAUAAUAAUACUCUAUGUGGAGGUUUCAGUCUUGAUAGCAAUGCAACUUUGGAACCCCUCCUAGUGGACACCUGUAAUCAGGACAUCCUCUCUAUAAGGGACAGUGUUUUGGGCCUAUAUUGGUCAUGUCUACUCAAUUUGACCUCUGUAAUCAGGAAGCCUCUUCAUAAAAGACAGCAACUCAGUCAUGACGGUGUCCGUAAUAGGGAGGUUCUGUUAUAAUUCUUAAGAAACUUGUUCAAAUGUUUUUUUGUUCUGGUGGUGGUGAUAUUGUCCUUGGUUUUAAAAGGGUUAAACAAGUUGGGUAAAACCUGGAUUAGAAUAAUGUGGUCUGGAUGAUGUUGACUUGUAAAACAUAAUUUUGUAAAAAAAGAAAUUUUUUAAAUUGUUAAAUUUCAUGCUCUUUGUUGGGUAAUCAACAAUUGAUAGGUCUUAACCCUUUUUCUGCCCUAUCCGGUAUUGACCGAUUCGUACACUUUGAACUCCCGGCCCGCACGGAUCUGCACCUCAUUGUUUUAACUCCGUUCUGUGGCUCACCAUAGUCCCUUUAAGUUCCAGGUUGAUAAGACCUGAAAAAGAUGGCAGCACUGUUUUCAAUUCAAUUAUUUCUUCGCCCCUAAGAUUGCGUCUUGCCAGCUUCUCUACAAUGAAAUUUUUCCUGGGGCAAGUUUGAAUUUAGGUCACCUGGUGUGGUGCGGGCCGGGUACUAUAAGCGGUCAAAACCCUGCGGUAAGAAAAGAGUUGAAGAAACUAUCACAUGAUUCAGGAAGAUAAGAAUAAUUCUGUAAAUUAUGAUCAUGCAGCUCAGAGUUGCAACGCGUAGUUUUGCAAAACGAAUUCUGGCUGUCUAUGAUUAGUUUAGUGCUUUUCACUUUGCUGUAUCAUGAUGCAGACAAGUGAUUUUUAUCGCAGUGACAUGUGAUAAGUAUUGCUGCAAUGAGGAAUAAAAGAUUGCUUGUCUGCAGGAUAAAUUGCUUGGUAUAGCAGUAUUCGAUGGAACUAAUGCACCCCACUAACAAGCAAUUUUUGUCACAUCGACAAGUGAUUAUAAUUGCUGCAAUGUGCAACCAAAAUAUCUCCUGUCUGUAGGUUAAACCAUUAUUGAUGGGCUCGAUAUUAGUUGCAGAUUGCUGCCAUCAUUGAUUCACAGGUACUAGCAAUAACUGCAGCAGAUGAGUGAGUUUGUCACAUGUGAUAAAUAUCACAUAUCGCUGCGAUAAAAAACGCUUGUCUGUAACAUGCUUUAGAAUCAAGAGCUCAUCAAAAUUAUGUAAAAAUAGGCUCUGGGUCUCAUAAGGGUGUUAAGCACUAUGUAUAUAUGAGCAAGACUUGAUAAAGACUAGUCUUUAUAAAUUCUUGAUACAAGGUUAUGCGUGUUUAGUUAGGUAGAUUCCAAAAUUUGUUGCCAUAAUUUUGAUAGUUUGUAGAAUGGAAAAAAAACACGAAUUAGACUGGUAUCCAUCUUUAACUAUCAGAUGUAGAAUAGAGGAUGGAGACCAGUCUAUUCAUAAAUUUGAUUAAAGUUAUUGGUAUAGUGGUAAAUGGAACCAGAAUGGACUCAGAAAAAUGAUUGAUUUUCUCAAGGUGGACGUUGAUUUGUAGAUAGCACUACAGAAUAUAUAGUAUUGUAUAUUGAUAACCCAACUUACUUAGUUAAUAAGACUGGUAGUUGAACUACCUUUAUGUCGACUCAACUUACCCGGUAAGUUACCCAACUUACCUGGUAAAGUUACUCAACUUGCCUGGUAAAGUUACUCAACUUACCUGGUAAAGUUACUCAACUUACCUGGUAAAGCUGCUCAACUUACCUGGUAAAGCUGCUCAACUUACCCGUUAAGUCGCACAACUUAUGUGGGUAAGUUGGGAAUUUUUACGUGCAGAUUAUUGUAAGAUAUGCAGCUGUAUUAUACAGGCCCUUCAUGCCAAGUUCGGUGAAACUCUUGUACAAUUGUAUGGAUAUCGGUUGCAUAUUCUGUCACUUAUCUAAAUGGAGCCAGGGCCUAGAUCAAUCUGCUUUUUCUAUCUAUGCAUUUUUUUGCCUGUUUGCGGAAUUACUUAGCGCUUUACGUGAUGAGUAUUUUACACGAGCCCAGUUCUAUCUGAAAUGUACAAGGCUAGCUUAAGCCUUGAAAUGUGCAAUAGUUUGAAUUCCUUUUGCCAAGAAAACUGACAGAUAGCGUAAUUUUAGAUUUUUUGGACUCGAUUUCAUUGUGCGAAAAUCGUCCUUUGGAUGACGGAAUAUUUUUAGAAGUUUGAUGCCGGUUUAUGACUGUCCUAGUGGAACUGCAAGAACUUUAAGGCCUACAGUUAAGGGCGCAUUGUACCCCAUUUAACAAAUACUGGCUCUGCACGCAAAUAAAAUAAUAAAAUAAUUGUGCAGUUAAGGGUUGGUAAAAAAGUAAAUUUUGGUGCAAAUAUGGUUAAAUUUCUGUGCAAUUUAGCCAAAUAUAAAUAUUUUUGCAAUUUCUUCAAAUACAUGUAUUUGUCAUAGAAAUCUUUUAAAACUCUAAAAUAGCUUUAGUUUGUGAGUUAGCUGUUGAAAAAAAGAUUCUUUAAUGAAAGUUUAGGUGUGAAAUCUUGGUGUUUUCAAUACAGACAUUUAGAUGUGUUCAUUUCAUUCGUUAUGUGGUCCAGUCCAGUUAAUUGUUGGUGCUUUUGAAAACAUCUUUAAACUAUUACAAAUCAUUUCAUUCAGAGUUUACUCGACUACUGUGUGCAUUAUGCACAUAGAGUUGUAAUGAAUAUCAGUCUGGUUAACUUGGAGCUAAGGUCUUUGGUGCGGUUUCUGCGUUUGAAAAAUCUGAAGCAAAUUUCGUUUUCCUUUUGUUUUCGGCUUCAGUGAGCUUUUUCGGGACAUCGUGUAAUUUUUCAUGCCUAAAAAUUUUGAGUCCUAGAUAUUUAUUCGACAAUUUCUACCUGAUUCAUUAUCAUAAAUUUUCUGCAUGGUAUACUUUUAAAUCAUUUUCGAGAACUAUUUCAUUAAUUUUUCCUUGGCGAAUUUCUGGAUUCAGAUGAAACAAGAUUUGAGGUUUUUUUUCGUUUCAUGUGUAAUAACUGCUUGUAUAACCUUCUUCUAGAAUUGAAAAAAAUUUGCAAAGGUUUGAUAAUAUAAUUCGAUGCAUUGGACAUGUUUUUGCUCAACCCGACCUUCUCUCACCCCUAUCAAAAUCAGACCUCAUGAAAUGAACUCUUCCACUUCUUCCAAAUUUGAAAGAUUUGGACAAGUCCAUUUAAUGAUGGGUUAAGUCACCUCUGUUCCUGGCCAUAAAAAACCAUCUCCCCUUUAAAUGUUUGUUUUUUCACAAGAAAUGUGAAAAAACUUACUGAUAUCCUGCAUCCUGUUUAGGGACAGCUCGUAAAAAAUCUGAAGAGCAAAUUUUAGAUUUAUGUACAGAAUUGUUUCCAAACAAUCGCAUAUUUGUGAUUUAAGCGUCUUCCUGUACUUCAUUUUGAUUGGCAGUGGCGGAACCCCGAAAUUUGGGGAACAGGGGGGGGGGGGCACGAAGGUGUGAAAAGAGAAAUCUUGUAAUUGAGGGGGUUCUGAUGACCCUCCUCUGGAAAAAUGUGGAAUUUGAAUAUGAAAUAUUCUUUUUCCCCAGCAUUUGAGGGUAAAAUUUGAAGUUUAGAAAAUCAGUUCUUUGAUUCUUGGGUUGAGUGCCUUGAAAAUCAUUGCUCUAUGAUGAACCAAGGGUGCCCCUUACACACACCCCUAAAUCAGCCACUGUAACUGCGGUUGUAAAGCUGCAUUCUGGGAAAAGAUAGACUGUUUCGGUAAUGUAUGGGGAUGAGUUAAAUGAUAACAAGGUCGAAAACGAUUUCAGUGAGCCUCUCCAGGUGUCAGCACUAGUCUCGAGUAUUACCAUCUGUGAAUCUAUGCCUGAAACUGAAAUGUAUAGAAAGUUGGAUUUCUAAUUUUGUUGUUGAUAGAAGGGUGGCUAUUGGCUCAUGCGACACCUGGGUCUUUCAGAAGAGGGGCCUUUGAAAUGCGUAACGACGUAACGACCAAUGCCAGGCCGGACCAGGGGUGACCUCAAUUUGAACCAUUUUCUCAAGCACCAUUGUGUUUGUCUUAUACUCAGUCCUUACCUUAGGUGCUCCGCAAACCUGCGAUCAUGAUCAAAUGUGACAAAAGUUUCUCGUUUGCGGUUUCAAUGCCGGGACCUGCGACAUGAUUAAUGAUCACUGCAACUUGCGAUCAAUAUCAGCAAUUAUCAGUUUUACGUGCAGACAAGCGUUCUUUCAUCACUUUAUGCAGUGAUAGUUGUCACAAGUUGCAGUAACAAAAAUCGCUUGUUUGCGGGCGCUUGAUAGGCCCCUAUCCUAUUUUGCAUGUGUUUCCAGCACUAUUUCUGUAUUCGUCUUGAAAUACCUUGAGCACUAGCGCUCUACUGCUAUCCAUUUCACGCUAACUCGGGCCAUAACGACCUUCCAAUGCCAAUAUAGUAAGUGCAAAUUGUUGCUCCUUGCUGAUUUGAAGCACACUGCACAUUAAAAGUGCUAGCCAUUUCAUGUUAACUUGAGCAGCAAGGACUGUGCAUUGUCUUUGUAGUAAUGUACACAUUGUUGCUCUUAAUUGACUUGAAGCACUUUGUUGCUCUUAAUUGACUUGAAGCACUUUGUUGCUCUUAAUUGACUUGAAGCACUUUGUUGCUCUUAAUUGACUUAAAGCACUUUGUUGCUCUUAAUUGACUUAAAGCACUUUGCACAUUUGUAAUGCUAUCCACUUCAUGCUAACUUGAGCCAGAAGGACUGUGCAUGGCCUUAUUAGCAAUAUACACAUUGUUGGUCCUAGUUUGUGAACACUUAUAUCUCUAUCCAUCCUUUCCUGAUGUCUAUAUUUGAGUUACUUGAUAAUUUAUUUGUUGAUUUUUCUAUCUAUUCAAGAUGUUAAUGUUAUUUGCUGAAAAACAUCCUCAGAAAGGCGCGAGAGCCUUUAUUAUUCUAAAUCAUGUCACAAGUCUUAUAAAAACGUAAUAAUCAUGUCAAUUUGAUUAAUUACAUGUUUGUAAAUAAGUAUUUUAAGGAAAUGAUUAAGAAAAUUUAAGUUAAAGAAUAUUUUGUUUAGUUGAAGAGAGAGGACUAGAAAUUCUUUAAAGUUUUGAAAUGUUGCUGCUACAGUCCUAUUGGCUAAUACAAGAACUUUGACCUCGUAUGACCUCACCAGUUAACCAAUCAAAAGUAUUUUCACAAAAGCGCUUGACCCCUUCCUUGAGUGUGCGGUAUUGUCCAAAUUAUUUGCCGAAUAAUGUGAAAUUCAUACAGCUUUGGAAAUUGAGGUUAAUAUUUCUACGAAAAGCAGCGAAAGAUUUUAUCAAGUUUUGUAGUGAUUAAAAAUGGUUGUGGUAGUUAAGUUGUGAAAAAAUUAAUUCAAUGAAAUUUGCUUUAUAUAUUUAAAUGUCUUGUUGUCACGAAUUAGAACUAUCAGAUUGCUGCUAUAAAUAAGAGAAAUUUCAUUUCAAUUUUGGUGUGUUCUGUUCUUCAGCUGUGUCCUUCUGUGAUUUGAACUGUCGUCCAGAUACUUGACCGGCAGAUUUUGCAGGCCUUUAUUAGAUCAACAACCUCCAAUCGCAGAAAUAAAAAUAAAAUCACCAAAAAAAUUAUUAUUCGAAAAACUGAAACAAAAUUUUGUAAUUGGUCAAAAUCAAAUAUAUUUUCAGAAAUUUUGACACAUCUAAAAAUUGUAGAGGCAUGAAAAUUGGUUGUUUAUGUCAGUUGCCAAAUGACAUCAUGGUAUGUCUAAAAAUGUGGAAUUCUGGAUUUUAUGUGUUGUCAUCCAGCAUCCGGCAUCCAUCAUCCAGCAUCCAGCAUCCAGCAUCCAACUCUGAACCCCUGAUUUUGAAGUGUCUUAAGUCUUCUUGUCUGUCAAGUAGAAUACUAAAAUUGGGCAUUAAAAUCAUCUCAGAAAAAUUUGCUAUGACACUGCAUUCUCCAGUGGCGGUGUGGGUGUAUAUCCCUAAUAAUUAUGUAUGUCAACUUGAUCCUAGUGAAGGAGAUUGCCUCGAGAAAAGGCUGUGCAAUGUUGAUAUUCGUUUCUCGUCCCAGCAGAUGAAGUCACGUAUAGAACAAUUAUGACUUCCUGCUGAAGGUUUUGAGCAUGAAACUGACAAAUAACAUUGCAUGGCUUAAUAUCCAGCUGAGAUUUUGUGUGCUUGUGUGAUGCUGCUAUGUACAUAGAGCUGGUAUUUUGUAAAAUAUGGCUGGUAUUUCAGAAAAUACAGCUAGUAUUAGCUGGGUUUUCUCAAAGUAGAGCUGGUAUUUUGUAAAAUACAGUUAGUAUUUUCAGAAAAUACAGCUGGUAUUGGCUAGUAUUUUGUUAAAUACAGCUGGUAUUUUGUAAUACGGUUGGUAUUUUGUAUGGUAACAGCUUGUAUUUUCUAAAAUACGAAAGGUAUCAGCUCGUAUUUUCUAAAAUACAACUGGUAUUUUCUGAAA